AUGGCAGAGGCGUACCUGUCAACUGAUGAAGAAAACUAUGUGAGAAUGUGUUUGUUAAUCACUGGGGUUUCCCCACGUGGUGUAAGAGCUUUGUUUGAUAGUGAAUUUGCACCAAUAUGCCUGGGUGCCUCAAUAAAAAAAGAGUAUAGUUUUACCAAAUUGAAAGAACUUAAAUCAAAGCACAUAAUAAACCAGUCUCAGUGGAAUCUAUUGUUCCCAAGAUUUCCAGAUGUUCCGGAUUCAAAAGCGUUUGACGUUACUUUGAUGAUAACAUUACUGAGAAAUCUAACUCCUAUGACUCCUCCAGCUUGUGGAUAUGAUAUUUUACCACCAACAAUAGAGGUUACUCCAGGUGCGGAUUUGGCAAGAAUCAAGCAUUACAGGAACUUCCUGGCUCAUCUGGAUGAUGGAAAAAUAGACAUUGCAUUAUUCACUGCUGCUUGGACUGAUAUAGCUGGUGCCAUAACUAGACUAGGAGGACAAAUACUGAAAGAGGAAUGUGAUCAAUUGAGAACAAUACAUCUUGAUCAGACAAAUCAAGAAAUAAUGAUGGACAUCAAGCUUUCCAAUGAUGAAAUAAAAUUAUUAAAAGAAUCAUUGGAAAAUUUGAAGUCGUCCCAUAAUGAAAUGAAGAAAUCUCACGAAGAAGUAAAAAAAUCUUAUGUUCUGCUAGAACAAAAAGUUGCGACUACUCAGCAGGAUGCAAUUGCGGGGAAUGUUAGAGCACAAUUCAGCAAAGUUCUAGAACAAUGGAAAUACAAGGGUAAAAAGUUCGAAAGUACACAGGCUUAUUAUGUAUUGAAACUUUUACAGGAGAAGAGUUCUGUAAUCAUAACUGCUAGUUCUAUAGAAGGGGAAACAAUCACUCUUCAACAUGUGGCUUGUCAAAUGCAUACAGAUGGGUACAGUAUUCUGUUAGUAAAAGAUCCAGGUGACAUUGUAAAACAUUACAAUCCUAACCAGAAAACUUUGUUUGUGAUUGAUGUUUCAAACCAGACUGAAAUAAACUUUCGGGACCCAGUUUUUGAUCGUAUAAGAGACAUUCUUGAAGAUAAACAAACAAAACGUAUUGUAGUAUGUAGAUAA